AUCUCUGCUAUAGCACAAGAUGGUGCCACUGGCAUAUCAUGAUCAACACUUUAUGCAUUUAGAGAACCCUCAGAAACAAACUACAAACAACUCACCUACAUACCAAUACACAAGUGAUAUACUAAGCCAAUUCAACAGACAACCUGUAGCCAAAGAACAAUCUCAAAAUACAGCCAUAGUACCUUCACCAAGCUUUAACAAAAAGACCCAUAGCUUCUCGACAUUGCCAUCUCCGAACUCUAACAGGAUUCAAGGUUCCUAUAACAGGUCUAUGAAAUCAUCAUCAUUACACUCCAAAUGUCCAGCAACAUCUUCAAAAGACCCCUACUUGAAAAGUUCAUUUAAUCCUUCUUGGAAAUGCUUGGACUCAUCUUUGUCUCACCACAAUCCUCAGAAAACAUCUUUAUCUGGCUUUACCAAUACUUCAUCUUUGGAACCUAGCCCAAUAGCUCUGAGAUCAAGAUUACCCAUCCCUAAGACUCAGACAUCAUCAAGUAUAGACCUUUGCUGGAAAUCACCUUUAUUGGAGUCUACUCAAAGAGUCUCAACACCAUCUUCAUCUUCCCUUCAACAUCAAGAAACAACUUCCCUCAAUGUCAUCUGGACUUCACCUACUUUGGAAUUGAGUCAAAGUGAACCUAACUCAACUUUGUGUAAAUCUAAAUCACAGAAGGACUCCUCAUUGGACUCCCUUUUGUCAUCUUUGACCUCACCACCACUCAACCGCAAUCUUCAAAGAAAUCACUCUCUUCCAGCUUCAUCUUCUCCGGAGACCAAUAGAAUGGCUCAGAAUUCACCAUUGCCUGACAGUAAACCUGCGAAAAUUCCUGUAUCAAACUCUAAUAACAAUGUUUUGAAUUUGCCAUCAUCCCAAGUAAAAUCAAGGAAAUCACCUUUAUUAUCACAUUCUGUUCAUCCAUCUCAAAGUUUACCAGUGUGCCAGCCAAAGCCUAAAACAGUGCUCAGAAGUGAUCAUAGCACCCGGGUCCUUGGCUCACCUGUUUGUCACUCCAAGGUCCAUACCACUACUUCACCCAAGGACAAACCCAAAGCUGGUCAACUAUCCUCAGUUCAUCCUAAACCAAAUAUCUCAGGCCAAAGAGUGUCAAGUCCCAAGCCAUGCAUCAAGAACAAACAUACUUCAAUUCUAAGUUCCAAACUCCAGAGUAAAGGAAGCUGUGAACAAAUUGUGAAGCCAGACUUGGAGAAUGAAACCCCAUGGUCUUUAGAUUAUAGUCAUCCCUGCAUUAUUAAAGGCGGAACUAUUCCUGUUGAUAUUGUAAAUAAAAUCGUCAAUUCUAUCUCCAAGUCUACAAUCCAGAAGGACCUCUCUAGGCAAAUUCUCUUUCGAAGAAUGAGGGGAAGGCCAAAUCCUCGUCCUGGUCCCCGCCUUUCAUCAACGUAUACUGUUUGUUUAGAAUGUGCUUCCUGCAUAAAAUCUCAGUGUAACCACCUUACAGGAAAGAAAGAUCCUCGAUGCGCAACACUCUUUGUCAUACCAACACCUGAGAGCAGCUCUGAUGGAAAAAUAGACGUGAAAAUAGUUCUUAUCCUUUCUCUACCAGAGUCUCCUUCCUCAUCUUGUUACCAACUUCCCAUUAAAGAUAAUCAACCUGAUGAUAAUCUAGAAGUCCUAGAUGAUAAUCUGGAAGAAUUAGAGAAGAUAACACAAUUUUUCCCUGCAUCUGAAUCUGAUUUUGUUCAGGGGCUCAAGACAGACAAAAAGUGGUUGGCUGUAUCCUCUGAGGACAAAGAUAUAAGCCAACAGCCCCAGGCAAUAGAUUGGCUGCUUUAUGUUAAAAACAGUAAUAGCAUUCAGCCCCAAACCCCGGCUCCAGCCCCUUCAUCAUCAUCAUCAUCUUCUGGUUCUUCAUUUUCCUCUUCUUCCUCCUCUUCCUCUACUGGCUUUUCCUCUCCAAACCCUGCUUGCAAAGACCCUACUCCACCUCCACUCUCAGGUUAUGUCCUUGCCAAUGUAAAAAGUCACCACCGUUUACCUCCAGGGGUCUCCUGGCUUCAGUUCAUAAGGAGUACAGGUUCUGAAACCACCAAAACAAGACAAUCGGCACCACCCAAACCCAAGCCUAUGAGGUCUCGCAACACGAAAUCCAUAAAAAAGGGGAAAAGGGGACCAAACACACUGCUCAGAUAUUUCCAAACAAAGUUCCAAAAUGAGAAAUCCUGAUUAAAUCAACUUUCUGUCUCUUUGA